CACCCACCCUUCUCAACGCAUUCUCAACGCAUCCAUCCAUCCAUUCCUUCCGGAAACUCGCAAUGGACUCGAAAUAACUCUCAGAGCAACUAACCUAGUGUUGCCGCCCUUUGGGAGGACCGAUUGCCCACAAUGCGUCCUCCAUCCAGGCCCCCGAUCCCUCCCAUUCUCCGGAUCGUCAACGGGACUUUCUACCGCCACCAUCCCAACUCGGCGUCCUCUCACCCGAAUCCACCGUUCUUUAAAGAUCUGAACAUUGAGAUCCCUUCCAACUCUACGGAAUCACCCCGCCGUUGGUGCAUCAUCGGCCCCUCCCUGUCGGGCAAAACGACAUUCCUCCAGGCCCUCCGUGGCCAACACCUUUCCAUCCCACCUCACGCCCGCUCAUGGCCCUAUCUCUCUACCGACCAAGUACCCGACCGCCUCCGCACCCCGUCCCAGGCCAUUCGCUAUGUCGGAUUCGACGGCGAGCAGGUCGGCGGCCUCUCCGGACCGGCUACGAGCGCCUACCUCGCCGCGCGGUACGAGUCUCUCCGCGAGGACACCGACUUUUCGCUCCGCGACUUUUUACUAGGCAACACGGACCUGAACCCCCUCCAAUCCCCGGCCGAAGUCGAGCACGAGCUGCCUCCGGGCCUCCUGGACAGGGUCGUGUCGGACCUGCGCCUCGGCCCGCUGCUCGACCUGCCCGUCGCGUUCCUCAGCAACGGCCAGGGCCGCAGGGCGCGGAUCGCGAGGGCGUUGCUGAGGACCCCGGAGGUGCUGCUGCUCGACGAGCCGUUCAUGGGUCUCGACCCGCCGACGGUGGCGUCGCUGAGCGAGCUCCUGCGGUCCAUGGCGGAACGGGCUGCGCCGAGACUGGUGCUGGCGGCCCGCCCGCAGGAUCCGAUCCCGGAGUGGAUCACGCACCUGGUGUACCUGCGGAGCGACUGCCAGGUGGGAUCCAUGGGGGAGAAGGACGUCGUGAUGGAGGGGCUGCGCAAGUACGCGACCGGUGUGUGGAGGGGGGCUCUGGCGGAGGACGAGAAGCUGCCGGUUCGCGCGCUGGCGGAGAUGGGGAGGGUGCUUACGAGCGAGGGCGUAGCUGGCGAAGCGCUGGGCAGCGAGGAAGGGGCCAGGCAGCAGCAUACCGUCGAAGAGAUGGCAGGGACGCGGGACCUUCCCGGUCGCGAAGCCGAAGGUGAAGCUCUGGUGGAGAUGGACGGCGUCCAGGUCCGAUACGGGGACAAGAUUGCGCUGGGCAACUGGACACAGGACACCCCGUCAGGGCCGGCGCCCAAGACCGGCCUCGUCUGGACCGUCCGCAGGGGAGAACGGUGGGGCUGCUUCGGGCCGAACGGGUCGGGAAAGACGACGCUGGUAUCGCUUCUCUGCUCCGACCACCCCCAGACCUACUCGCUGCCCAUCAGGCUGUUCGGCAGGAGCAGGCUCCCGGAACCCGGCUCGGGCCAGCGGCCGCUCACGUUCUGGGACGUCCAGAGGCGGAUCGGCCAUUCCAGCCCGGAAGUGCACCAACACAUGCCGACCUACUUGUCGGUGCGGCAGGUGCUCGAGAACGCGUGGGCCGACACGUUCAAGGGCGUGCCGAAACUGGAUGACGCCGCCCGCGCCAAGGUGGAGGCCGCGCUGCGCUGGUUCGCACCCGAGCUGAACCCGAAUUACCACCACGACGAAAGAGUCGCCGUGGGAAGGAGAGGUGCGGACGAUUGGGCAGAUUCGCUCCGGUGGGCGGACGAUCAUCUUUUCGGACGGCUCUCCUUCAGCGCGCAGCGGGUGGCGCUGUUCCUGCGGGCCAUCAUCAAGCAUCCGGACGUGGUGGUCCUGGACGAGGCCUUUGGCGGCAUGGACGAGAAAGUCCGCGACAAGUGCAUGCUGUUCCUGGUCCGCGGGGAGGAGAAGACGCACGACGCGGCCGGCAAGGUUGUGGAUAGCGAGGUGGCCAAGCAAGGGGAGGUUCGGGCGACGGGCUUGUCGCCGGAUCAGGCGCUCGUGUGCAUCAGCCACCUCAAGGAGGAGACGCCCGAUUGCGUGAGGGAGUGGAUCUGCCUCCCUGAGGCGAACGAGGGCCGACCGGCUCGGUUCGGACGGUUUGACGGGCCGUUGAGGACGGAUGAGAGGCGGUGGCGUGAACUUUGGAAGAUGUGACUUGCAAGCUGGGCGUACUUUGGAUGGGUAUGGAUAUAUGUUGUGGCCAUGAUGGAAUUGAAAGAAGCAGGAUGCUCAUUAAUUCCCUUGCGAAUACACAGAAUAUAGAGUUAAUAAUCGCAUGGAUGGUAGUGCGUUGGCAUUACAUUCAUCCCUUGGUGCCC